CUUCAAUUCAAAUUCAACAUCGCUCCUCUGCAUUUUUCAAUCAAUUUAGUAACUUCAUUCAUCUUUGCUGAGAAUGGGCGGUUCGUGAGUUGACGUGUUUGGAUGCGAUAUUGUUUUUAUUUGCGCAGAAGUGUUUUGUCGGUGAUAAUGUGUUCAAUUUGCAUUGUAAAGUUCGUUGGUUUUGUGUGAUUUGUUAACUGUACACGAAUGUGAAAUUUGGGACUUGAAUUAGUGGAAAUUCGCGUCUGGCCACCAUGCCGGGUCUUAUUGGUAUUGGUGAAUUCAUUGAGGAAACUCGAGAGGAUUACAGUUCGCCUACUACUUCUACGUUCGUAUCUCGCAUGCCACAAUGUCGUCAGACCAUCAGUGCUUUGGAAGAGACGUUGGAUUUCGACCGAGAUGGCCUAACGAAGUUGAAAAAGGCGAUAAAAGCAAUACAUAAUUCUGGAAAUGCUCACGUGGACAACGAGAUGUAUCUCUCCCGGGCCCUGGAGCGUCUCGGAGGAAACGCUCUCAGCAAAGAUUCGGAGCCGGACAUCGGAGCCGCAUUCUUCAAAUUCGCUGUUGUCACCAAAGAAUUGUCUGCACUCAUGAAGACAUUGAUGCAAAAUAUAAAUAACAUCGUCAUGUUUCCCGUUGAUAGUCUUCUAAAAGGUGAUCUACGGGGAGUAAAGGGUGACUUGAAGAGACCAUUCGAUAAAGCAUCCAAAGACUAUGAGUCAAAGUACCUGAAAAUUGAAAAGGAAAAGAAAUCCCAGGCGAAGGAGGCUGGUCUCAUCCGAAGUGAGGUGACGCCAGCGGAGAUAGCGGAUGAGAUGGAAAAAGAGAGGAGACUGUUUCAAUUGCAAAUGUGUGAGUACCUGAUAAAGUUCAACGAAAUAAAAACGAAAAAGGGAAUCGAGCUGCUUCAACAUUUAGUGGAGUACUAUCAUGCGCAGACGAACUAUUUCCAAGAUGGCUUGAAAACAAUCGAGCACUUUGGUGUGUACGUCGCAGAUUUAAGUGUACAACUGCAGAAGAUUCGGCAGCAGCAAGACGACGAACGACGGAGGUUAUUAGAGCUCAGAAACAUGCUGCGAGCAGCUGCACCUCAAGACAGAGAGGUAGUGUCAUCUGUCGGUGGCUACUCUCUGCAUCAAAUGCAAGGUGAUAAGCAGCACGGAGUCAGUCGGAGUGGCUACCUGCUCAAGAAGUCCGAAGGCAAGGUGCGCCGAGUUUGGCAGAAACGACGGUGUCGAGUCACUGCUGAAGGUUUCCUGGACAUCUUCCACGCAGACGAGAAUAAAACUCCGGCGAGGGUCAACCUCCUCACAUGCCAAAUUAAAGUAGCGGCUGAAGACAAAAGGGCGUUCGAUCUAGUCUCAUAUAACCGAACGUACCACUUCCAAGCUGAUGAUGAAAAUGAGCAGCGUGCGUGGACAUCAGUGCUGGUUAACUGUAAGGAGGGAGCUUUAAUGAGGGCUUUCCACCAGCAGGCCGGCGAGACCAAUGACUCAGGACACUCGCUACUAGACCUGCAGCGCUCCAUCAUCAGGGCUGUCAGAGCUAUGCCAGGCAACCAAGUGUGCGCGGAUUGUGGCUCUACUAAUGAUCCGACGUGGUUGUCAACAAACUUCGGUAUAAUAGUGUGUAUAGAGUGUUCGGGUAGUCAUCGGGAGUUAGGCGUGCAUAUAUCUCGCAUCCAGUCUCUGACACUGGACCGACUCAGUACGUCGCAACUGUUGCUCGCGCGCCAUAUGGGUAACCAAAUGUUCAACGAGAUUAUGGAGAACACGCUUGAUGAACGAGAUAAACUUACACCUGAAAGUUCCAUGGAGGAACGUCUAAGGUUUAUCCGCGAGAAGUACGUAUACCGAGCGUUUGCCGCGCAGACAUGUUGCGACGCGGCCGAGCGACUGUCGGAGGUGGAGCACGCCGUCAACAACGGACACCUGCAGAACUUGCUGCAGGCCUACGCCGAGGGAGCCGACCUGGCCGCACCACUGCCUGGCUCGGACCUCGGCGAAACAUCACUCCACUUAGCGAUAUCGCGUGAGAUUGGCGAUGGGUCUUCUUUACAUAUAGUCGAUUUUCUAGUCCAAAACGGUGGCUCGCAAUUGUUGGACAAGCCCAACUCUCAGGGCAUGACUGCGCUACACCUGUGCGCCGCCACCGACAGAACUGAACCUAUGAAGUUGUUGCUCAAAGCUGGGGCUGACUCCACUAUUAAGGACGCUACCGGCAGGACUGCCUUGCAAAUAGCUAGGCAAUAUGGACACUUAGGAUGUUUAGAAUUGUUGGAGAAUGUGGAUAAACGAGAGAAGAGCAUAUUUGAGAAUAUCAACAUAGACUGGAACUUAUCACAUGAUGAUGGCUCAACCGACUUUUCUGACGAUGACACUGUAAUUGACGAGAGACAAAAUGGUAGUUUAACGCCAGAGAAGAAGUGUCCGCGAUCUAGGCCUCCGUCGUACGCAGGGGGCGCAGUACUGAGCACCGCGGAGCGCUGCCCCGCGGCGGGAGACUCCCCCGUACUGCGCUCGCGGUCCUCCACCUGCGACUCGCUACACCACGCACCGCCCACACCCACCACACUACCUAGGAAACCCAACGUCUACAACAUGGGCAGCCUGAAGAAGCGCGCGGCGCCGCUGCCGCCGGGCGUGUCGCUGGUGGCGCCGGCGCAGGCACCGCGCGCCUCGCCCUCGCCCUCCGCUGACACCGCGCGCUCCUUGCACGUAUCGGGCGGGGUGGUGAAGGUCCGUCCGGCGCAGCCCCCGCCGACGCCGCCGACCCCGCCGCCCGCGCUACAUAACGGCGCGCACCAUCGCGACGAACCAACCCCGCCACCACGAAAGGAAUGUUCUAGUCAAGACUCGUCGCUGGAGCUGUGUGAUAUGACAGACUCAUGUUUGGACGACAGUCGCUUGCAGUCGGCUCUGUCAUGCGACAGCUCCCGGUCCCGCGAACGAUCGCGGCGGAGUGAUAGUCGCUCGCUCGACGUCUCUGAUACUUCCAGUGUACACUCAAGGUCGCCAUCUGCUUCUAUUACAAUGAUGGGUGGAUUGAGGCGGUGCCGGGCACUGUAUGAUUGCUCAGCAGACAACGAAGAUGAAUUGUCAUUCCGCGAGGGAGAAGUCAUAGUUGUAAUAAACGAACGCACAGAAGACGACAACUGGAUGGAGGGCCAGGUCGAGGGCACUAGUCGACGGGGCAUGUUCCCCGUCUCUUUCGUGCACAUGCUACCCGACUAAUGAUGACAGUGACAAAACGUUUGGCAGCCAUGGAACGUAGGUCAAUACCACCAAUGUUCGUAGAAAACCUAUGUUAAAUGUAUAUCGGUAGUAACCAGGUCAGCAGUCGCAGCAAUGCAAGCUUGACAUUGUAUCCUGCUUAGAGCUGAACCCAACGCCAUAAACUGACAAGUUCAAAUGUUCCAGUCAGUAUGGGGAUCGUAUUCACAUGUCUAUUGAGCUCCGUAUAUAACGGACGCAUUAAAUUCUUAUUAUAUUGUAUAUUCGUCUUUUUAAUAAUAACUUUAAACCAAAAAUUGGUCAUAUAGCUGGGUUGUAUAUGUAGAUGAGUCUGACUGAAGGAUUAUUGUGUUCAAAAUUACUAAAAAACACCAGUGUGAAGCGAUUCUGGAAGUGUUACGAAUUUCAACUAUAAAUACUUUAGUUUGGGUGUCUGGCCUAAGGCUUGAUUUUGUUUUGAUAGCUAUGAGCUUAUUUAUUCUAGUAUUUUACACAGUUCUACAGUCGGCAUUACCACACAAAAUUUUAUGAAAUAGUUACGUUGAAGCUGUUAACUAUUGUUCUAUAGCACUGUUCUACAUUACCAUCACUAGGUUGUUCAGUAUUAUAUGUAUACUACUGUUGAAACAUAUAUUUCAUUGUUAAUAUACACGAAUUUCAUACUCAACAUUUUAACCAUUCCACAUUUGGACAGUCGUCAGAUAUAAUUAUCACACAAUUAAAUAUUAAGAUUGUUAUUGUCUCAAUAACUAAAUAUUCAUGAUAGGAUGAACGUUGGAAACCUAAUAAAGAAGUAGUUAUUGCUUUAGCGUCGGCGUCGCUACGAAUUUAUAACACCAAUAUUGUAAGUUUGUCAGUAGGCCGUCCGUCCUGACGCGGAUUUUUUACUUACUGUAUACUUAAUAACGUUCUUCAUUUCAAAAUUUGUACUGCAUAUUGAUGUAUCAUCUAUAAUUUUGUAUUUUAUAAAUUAUUGGUUAGUAUGAUAUGUCUUUAAAGAAUC